UCCGCGUCGCUGCCCAGCGGCGGGAGCGGCUGCGAGGUCCCGGGUGUCGGCGGGGGCGGAACGAGGGGCCGGAGUCAGGGCAGGGGCCUGGCCCGAGACGACGGGCCCUGCGUCCUCGUGAGGUGAGAGCGCGGCGACUGCGGGCCGGGGUGCGCCGUAGCCCGUAACUCUGCGCAUCUGGGCGAGCCGCCCCCGACCCGCGACCCCCGCUCCUGACCGUCACUCCCUUGACCCGACCCCACCUCGACCCGGCAGAGGGACACGACGUCCACUCCAGCCAGCGCCGCUCAUCCUGGUCGACUCAGCCCGGGACGCUUACCUUGCUCCCUGGGAGCUUGAGAUGGACGGGACGGAAGGCAGUGGCGGGCAGCCCGGCCCCGCGGAGCGGUCCCACCGCAGCAGCGUGUCGUCUGUGGGCGCCCGAGCGGCGGACGUGCUGGUGUACCUGGCGGAUGACAGCGUGGUGCCCCUGGCGGUGGAGAACCUGCCCGCGCUCAGCGCCCAGGAGCUGCACCGCGCGGUCCGCGAGGUGCUGCAACUCCCUGACGUCGCCCUGGAGGCCUUUGCACUCUGGCUCGUCUCCCCUCUGCUGGAGGUGCAGCUGAAGCCCAAGCACCAGCCCUACAAGUUGGGCCGCCAGUGGCCGGAACUGCUGCUGCGCUUCACCGACGCGCCGGACGACGACGUGGCCAUGGAUGAGCCCUCCCUCCAGUUCCGAAGGAACGUGUUUUUCCCAAAGCGGCGGGAGCUCCAGAUCCAGGAUGAGGAGGUCCUGCGGCUGCUCUACGAGGAGGCCAAGGGCAACGUGCUGACCGCGCGGUACCCAUGCGACCCGGAGGACUGCGAGGCACUGGGCGCCCUGGUGUGCCGCGUGCAGCUUGGGCCCUACCAGCCCGGCCAGCCUGCGGCCUGCGCCUUGAGGGAGAAGCUGGACUCCUUCCUCCCUGCCCACCUCUGCAAGCGGGGCCACGGUCUCUUUGCUGCUCUCCGGGGCCGUGGGGCCAAGGCUGCGACGGGCGAGCAGGGCCUGCUGGAUGCCUACCGCCAGGUGAAGGAAGCCGUGGGCAGUGAGCGCGAGGCCACCCUGGGCACCCACUACCGUGCCUACGUCCUCCGGUGCCACGAGCUACCCUUCUACGGGUGUGCCUUCUUCCACGGCGAGAUCGACAAGCCGGCCCAGGGCUUCCUGCACCGGGGCGGGCGCAAGCCGGUGACCGUGGCCAUCAGUCUGGAGGGCGUGCACGUCAUCGACCACAGGGAGAAGCACGUCCUGCUGGGCCUGCGCUUCCAGGAGCUGUCGUGGGACCACACCUCCCCUGAGGAGGAGGAGCCCGUCCUCUGGCUGGAGUUUGACGGCGACAGCGAGGGCACGCCCGUCAACAGGCUGCUCAGGAUCUACUCCAAGCAGGCCGAGCUCAUGAGCAGCCUCAUUGAGUACUGCAUCGAGCUGAACCAGGCCGCGGAGCCCACCGCCCCCCAGGAGAGCGCGCCUGGUCCCCGCUCGGCCCCCAGCCCCUCGCAGCCGCCCGCCCAGCGGCCCAAGCUGCGGAGGCAGGGCAGCGUGGUGUGCAGCCGGAUCCAGCAUCUGUCCACCAUCGACUACGUGGAAGACGGCAAGGGGAUCAAGCGGGUGAAGCCGAAGCGGACCACGUCCUUCUUCAGCCGCCAGCUGUCCAUGGGCCAGGGGAGCUACACCGUGGUGCAGCCCACAGACGGCGUGGAGCAGGACUGAGCCCAAGCAUGGGGCGGGGGGAGGCCUCGGCCCCCGCCCCCACCCUCCUCCCUGGGGGCUCCAGGCCACGGAGAUGGGACGGCGCCUGGGCCUCCCAGGGUCGCCCUGGACGCAGGGCCCCGCUGCUGUCUCAGGGCCUGCGCUGGCCACAGUGACUUCCCAGAGGUGAGCCCGUCUCCAGGAGGCGGAGGCCCUGCGUGAGGGGCUGCUCCCGCGGCCUGCAGUGCCCUGCACUUGGGUGACCGCAGACUGAGCCGCGGCAGAACACGAGGGGAGGGCCCUGCCUCGCCCGCCGAACUGGGGACUGGAUGGGCGGGCAGGGCUGGCCCACACGCAGUGCCUUCUUGUUGGCCACCGGGAGGUGGCUAUCCCGUGACCCCACUGCAGCAUACACUGAAUUGCUCCCCGGGCCCUGGUGGUCCCACCUCAGCAGACCCGCGGCCUGCCCUUUGCUCCCAGUGUCCUGGGUCCCGGGGUCUAGCUGGGGGCCUGUCUCAUCUGCGUGGGCUCAGUGAAGCCAUGAGCUCAGGCCACCACUGUCCCUCAGUGUCAGUGAGAUGGUGACCCCAGGGCCAGCCCCCGACGAGGUGGUCUCUGAGGAACGUCAGAAGGAGGCGUGGGUGUGGCCGCUCCUCCCCCCCCCCCCGCCCGGCCUUCUCGUGCCUUCCCAGACGAGCCCGUGGGGGGCCGCAGCUCUGACCUGUCUGACCCGUGCUUCCUGGGCAGGCCCGGGGGCUCAGGGCUGGGCUCUGCCUUCCCCGCCCAGCGGUGCCCACGGGAGGAAAGGGUGCUGUUGGGAGAACCCGUCCACCCCCGCCCGCCCCCCCACGGCAGGGACUGGGGGGUUCGUCAGAGUGACCGGGUGGACAGGGGAGACCUCCAGGAGCGGCGGGGCUGCAGGGCGGCGUCAGGACACGUCCUGUGUCCCCUCGUGCAGCCCGGCCUGUGCCCGGGACUCCAGUCAGGCACUGUUGAUUCCAGGUGACUGUUACCUGAUGGGCACGCGGGGUGUGCAUAUGUGUGUGCGUGUGCGUGUGCGUGCGCAGUUUCCUGUUUGUGUUCUGCAGCUUUUCUCGUGUUUUCUCAGCGUUCACUGUGCCUUAACCUCCUCUGCCUGCCCUUUGGGACAAAGCAGGGGUUCGCCGAGUGCCCCAUGAAUGUUCUCUUCUUUUGUAUCAUGUGACUUGUUAAUAAUAAAACUCGUUCCCAGCGAA